AUCCAUGCAAUGCAAUACACAUUUUUCACCAUUCGCACUUGGUUUCUCUCUUAUCUAAGACCCAUUGGGUAUUUUUGAGUGUUCAUAUAGCUUGAACUCAUCUCUAACCUAAUACAAGGUGAUCACUUUCGUUGUGUUAUUCAAUUCAAUUAAACAAAGAGUAUCAUGGACAUUCGUUCACAUAGAGGUGGUAGAGAAACGAGUCCAGACCGUGCGAAAAUAUGUAGAAUGAAGCAAAAAGUGAAACCCAUUAGAAAAGUUCAAGUUGUUUACUAUCUCUCAAGAAAUGGCUUAUUGGAACAUCCACAUUUCAUGGAAGUUACACUUUCUCCCAAUCAACCUCUACGUUUGAAAGAUGUAUUUGAUCGCCUCAUGGCACUCAGAGGAACUGGCAUGCCUGCUCAAUAUUCAUGGUCUACUAAAAGGAACUAUAAGAGUGGAUAUGUGUGGCAUGAUUUGGCACUGCAGGACAUAAUACAUCCAUCAGAAGGUGGAGCAGAGUAUGUACUUAAAGGAUCUGAACUAGUUGAAGGAUCAUGUUCUGAAAGAUUUCAACAAUUAAACUUGAGUGAUAAACAAGGAAUUCAGCAACAUCCAGAACAAAAUUUCACUAGUUAUAGAACUUCAAAGAGCAAAGUAACAACAUUAAGUGGAAAUUGUCAACAGAAACUAGAGAGUGAAGAUCAAUACGAAGAAUACGAAGAAGAAUUAUUAGGAGAUGGAGAGAAAACAAGUUACACAAGUUCAACAACAACACCACACUCACGUUGCUCUAGAGGUGUAUCAACAGAAGAACUUGAUGAAGUAGUUAUAACUAAUUCCCAUAAUACCCCUCAACCGCAUCCUGUUGCAAAUUCCACUACUACCCUCGCUGAGAAACUGAAACAGAGAGAGGAGAGAAAGGUGAACAAUGUGAUUAGCGCUAAUUUCCCAAAACGGUUAGGGAAUGAGUCGCUGACGUCAGCUCCAGCAACGCAAAGUCGUUACUCUGUUUUGUUGCAACUGAUAGCGUGUGGAAGUUCUGGUGCGGAGAUGAAAGCGAAGCAACAGGGUGAAGCGAGGUUGAGCAAUGUGGGGACCACAAGUAAGAGAAGGGAGAGUGUUGAUGAGGAGGAGAAGGUUUAUUCCUCCGGUGACGGUGAGGAUUUGUGUGUAUCGGAGAAUCCGAGGUUGUUAGGGAAUUUGCAGUCGGAGGAGAAGGAAUAUUUUAGCGGGAGUAUUGUUGAAUCGAUGAAAGCCAACCGGGUCGCUUUUCAGACUGAACCGGUGCUCAAGAAAUCUAAUUCAUAUAAUGAAGAAAGGAGAAGCAGGCUAGGGAUGGAGGAGGUGAAGGAAAGAAAAGGAGGAGUGAGAGAGAAAUGCAUACCACUUAAGAAAUCUUCCAAAGAGAGUAGGAAAUGAUGGAAAUCUGGUCAUGAUUCAUGAUGAUGAAUCUCUCUAUUCAAGUUGACUAAACUAAUUUGGUACUACUACUACUACUACUAGAAUUUGUAAUGAAUACACUAGUACUAAUUAGAGAUUAUAAUUGCAUGGAAUAUUAACUUGUUAACACUUCUUGAUUUGAUCUAAUUAGUUCAAGUUCAAUCUCCUUAAUUUUACAGAGUAAAGUGCAUUUGAAAUGAUUUGUGACCUUAAUGCAAAGACUAACAUGUUAUGACCUUAUGAGUACUAUUUUAAUGAAAAUAAGUUUGAUGAUGAUUUUGUUUAGAUAAAUAUGUGAUCUCCUUUGUAUAUAUGUUUCUAAAAAAAUAAGAAGAGGACAAUUAGAUA